CUGGGCACCGCGCAGUGUGUUUUCUGUCACAGACACAAUUAUUAUAGUAUAGUCUACUGAUGUACAAUAACAGUGAUAACAGCCAAAUGAUUAGUGAAUAUGGUUUAGUGCAUAAAUAGAUUAGCGGUAUCUAAGUUCAUAAAGAAUAAUUUUACAAUCUUUUAUUAAAUAUAUGUGUGAAGAAGCGUAAUAUACUCAAAUUCGAACGAUAUGGCUUCAACAGCUGCUUCUAGCUCCACUGUACAAGAAUACAGUAUUCGUGUACCUAAGAAUUUGCAAAAGAGAUACCACGUUAUGAGAUUUAAUGCAACUUUAGACGUUGAUAUUUCAAAAUGGACGCAAGUAAAAAUGGAACGAGAAAAUAAUUUAAAAGAAUUCAAAGGGCCUGAUGAAGAGACUCCAAGAUUUGGAGCAGGUUCAGAAUUUGGACGAGAAGCUAGAGAAGAAGCAAGAAGAAAGAAGUUAGGUAUAAUUCAAAGGAAAUAUAAACCUGAUGACCAGCCAUGGAUUUUGAAGUCUUAUGGAAGUACUGUCAAAAAAUUUAAGGGUAUUAGGGAAGGAGGCGUUAGUGAAAAUGCAUCAUAUUAUGUAUUUACACAUGCGGCUGAUGGUGCAAUUGAAGCAUUUCCUUUGCAAGAAUGGUAUAAAUUUCAACCUAUUCAGCGAUUUAAAGCUCUUUCAGCAGAAGAAGCUGAACAAGAAUUUAGUAAAAGAAAUAAACAUUUGAAUUACUUUUCCUUAAUGCUGCGAAAAAGACUGAAGGGUGAUGAUGAAGGCGAUGUUGAAGAGGAAGGGGAAGGGAAAAAGCAGUCUGGAAAAAAAGCUAAAGAUCUGAAAAUUUCUGAUAUGGAUGAGUGGAUGGAAAGUUCAGAGGAUGACUCUUCUGAUAAUGAAGAAGAAAAAGAUGAAGAGGAAAAGCAUGAUAAAAAAAAUAAAAAAAGUAAUUAA